ACGCGUCCAACUUCGAGACCGGCGGGGGCCGGCUCCGUUCUUCCAACCCCUCCAUGUGUGAAGACGGCGGACGACGCAGCGGGGGAAGAAAAAUAAGCUAGUCUAGGACAAGUGUCCAGGCGACGUGGAACCCAGGUGUCUUUUAUGAAUAAUCAAAAGCAGCAAAAGCCAACGCUAUCAGGCCAGCGUUUUAAAACUAGAAAAAGAGAUGAAAAAGAGAGGUUUGACCCUACUCAGUUUCAAGACUGUAUUAUUCAAGGCUUAACUGAAACCGGUACUGAUUUGGAAGCAGUAGCUAAGUUUCUUGAUGCUUCUGGAGCAAAACUUGAUUACCGUCGAUAUGCAGAAACACUCUUUGACAUUCUGGUGGCUGGUGGAAUGCUGGCCCCAGGUGGUACACUGGCAGAUGACAUGAUGCGUACAGAUGUCUGCGUGUUUGCAGCCCAAGAAGAUCUAGAGACCAUGCAGGCAUUUGCUCAGGUUUUUAACAAGUUAAUCAGGCGCUACAAAUACCUGGAGAAAGGUUUUGAAGAUGAAGUAAAAAAGCUGCUGCUGUUCUUGAAGGGUUUUUCAGAGUCGGAGAGGAACAAGUUAGCUAUGUUGACUGGUGUUCUUCUGGCUAAUGGAACACUUAAUGCAUCCAUUCUUAAUAGCCUUUAUAAUGAAAAUUUGGUUAAAGAAGGAGUUUCAGCAGCUUUUGCUGUGAAGCUCUUUAAAUCAUGGAUAAAUGAAAAAGAUAUCAAUGCAGUAGCUGCAAGUCUUCGGAAAGUCAGCAUGGAUAACAGACUGAUGGAACUCUUUCCUGCCAAUAAGCAAAGUGUUGAACACUUCACAAAGUAUUUUACUGAGGCAGGCUUGAAAGAGCUUUCAGAAUAUGUUCGGAAUCAGCAAACCAUCGGAGCUCGUAAGGAGCUCCAGAAAGAACUUCAAGAACAGAUGUCCCGUGGUGAUCCAUUUAAGGAUAUAAUUUUAUAUGUCAAGGAGGAGAUGAAAAAAAACAACAUCCCAGAACCAGUUGUCAUCGGAAUAGUCUGGUCAAGUGUAAUGAGCACUGUGGAAUGGAACAAAAAAGAGGAGCUUGUAGCAGAGCAAGCCAUCAAGCACUUGAAGCAAUACAGCCCUCUACUUGCUGCCUUUACUACUCAAGGUCAGUCUGAGCUGACUCUGUUACUGAAGAUUCAGGAGUAUUGCUAUGACAACAUUCAUUUCAUGAAAGCCUUCCAGAAAAUAGUGGUGCUUUUUUAUAAAGCUGAAGUCCUGAGCGAAGAGCCCAUUUUGAAGUGGUAUAAAGAUGCACAUGUUGCAAAGGGGAAGAGUGUUUUCCUUGAGCAAAUGAAAAAGUUCGUAGAAUGGCUCAAAAAUGCUGAAGAAGGUAAGGAUUUUCCUUUGUGUGGUUUGUUUGGUAAAGCUAAUUUUAAUGUGGCCAUAAUAUAUCUUCACACAUGCUUCCUUCUUUCUGAUGCCACUUUGUACCUGGAGUAGAGAUUUUUGUUAACUUAUAAGGCAGGUGGCGAAAGCUAGAGUUUAAUUAUUAUAGUAUAUUUAUGGCUCAGCCAUAAUAGUAAAUGUUCUUCGUGAAAUGGAAAAUUUUGAGAAUAUUUAAUGUUUAUAAAUUUGUGGAUUUCUUUUCUUUUUUUUUUAAUUAAAAAUAUAGAGACAGAGUCUCGCUAUGUUGCCGAUGCUGGUCUUGAACUCCUGGGCUCAAACAGCCUUCCUGCCUCAGCCUCACAAAGUACAGGGAUUGCAGAUGUGACUGCACCCAGCCAAAUGUUGGGAUUUCCAAGUGAAUGCUUUUGAAUAUCUGCCUCAUGUAAAUAGGUUAUUAAUAAAAUUCGUUAACAGCUUCAAAGUUAUAUGGAGGCUGGGUGUGGUGGCUCACGCCUGUAAUCCUAGCCCUUUGGUAGGCUGAGGCGAUCAGGUCAUUUGAGGCCAGGAGUUUGAGGCCAGCCUGGACAACAUGGGAAACCCAGUCUACUAAAAAUAAAAAAAUUAGCCAGUUUUGGUGGUGGGCGUCUGUAGUCCCAGCUACUUGGGAAACUGAAGUGGGAGGAUCACUUGAACCCGGGAGGCAGAGGUUGCAGUGAGCCGAGAGGGUGCUGCUGCAUUCCGGCCUGUGGGACAGAGGGAGACUCUAUCUUAAAGAAGCUUCAAAGUUAUAAAUGGGAACUUUUGCCUUCUGAUACAUAAUGUUUGACUGCUUUUUUCCCCUUUUCUAGAAUCUGAAUCUGAAGCUGAAGAAGGUGACUGAAUUUUGAAACUACACCCUCAGUAAAGCAAACAGGAGUUGUAGAUAAAAUGUCAUGUCUCAUGUGUCCUGGUUCUUACAUCUUCCUACCUCCCUGUAUCAAGCAUGAUAUAAGGGCUUUCAUGGCAAAUUUUAUUUUAACUGUUUCUAUGGUUGCUGGAAAUGUUGGGUUUAGUUUCUAAAACCAUGUUUUAAGUAGCUACAGGAGCUAUAGAUUUGAAUCUAAUGUUGCAUUAGUCUUUUCAGUUAUCUUCUACCUCCUGUAUUUUCUACUGUAAUAAUGUAAUUUAAGGCCUUCCACAAUGAACAGUUCACUUUAUUCCCUGGGUUUUCUAUAAACAGUUUUCAAGAUAUGAUUUGGUUAAAAAAUAAUUUGUUAUAAAAAUUCUGUUUGCACAUUAAACUGGAAAAGUAUCCAGAGUCUCAAAAGGCAAUGAUUUAUGAGAUAAUAUGGCAUGCCCGGAGCCCUGCUCAUCAAUGAAAAACCCAUAUGUAAUAAUCGAAUUCAUUUAACAUGAAUCUUGAGUACGUGGACCAUUGCUUGCAUGUUAACUUUUUUUUUUUUUUUUUUUUUGCAUUUUUAACUCCAGAUGUCCUAAAGCUCAAUUGUUUGGUCUCUGGUUUUCAUCCUUAGAGAAGCCAUGGAGAACAGACUUGAAAAGUUUAGGAAAUCAUAACGUGGCAGAGGUGGUGGGAAGAAGAAAGUUGAGCUUUUUCCCCUUGAGAAACUUCUGCAUUUAGUUUGUAUCUUUCCAGGCAAAACAAAUGGGUAUUCUUUUCAUACAACCAUUUUCAAAUGAACCUUAGAAAAGUCUUAACAUUUAAGGUAUUUUAUGCACGGAAUACACUUAGAUUGAUAGGAAAGAACUCGUAAUGGAGUUUGAGUAAAGAAAAUGACUGAUGUACUAAACCCAGUAAAAAUUGUUGAAAAUGUUAAAAGUCAGCAUGUUCUAAUUGGGAAUCUAGAUAUAGCUUAGAUUUCCUAUUGGCUUAGAGUAUUUGCUAUAACAAAUGAAGUGCAAUGACAAUUAUAUAUUCCUAUUCGGUCAUACUGGACUGGCUUCGUUCUCUUAACAUACUCAGUAAUGACUCAAGCCUCUGGCUAUUAACAUACCCUAGUUGCCGUUUUUUAAUUGCCAUGAGCCAAAUACUUCUUGGUAUACAAUUGAUCCAUUUAUUUUAAUGGCUGCCUUUUCAUUUUCAUCUUUUCUUGCUGCUACCCAUCUAUGUAUGUAGUCAUUGGGGGGAAAGUGUAGCCACAUUUUUUAUGGGAAGACUUUGUGUUAAAAGUGAACAUUUUGAAGGUUUUUAACUGGUGAAACUAGCCUGGAAUAAUGCCACCAGAGACUGAGUGGAAAUCGCCCCUUUUGAAGGUGCCAUUCUUAUGAGCCAAAAGUUUGUCAUUUAAAAGUUCAUUUUGAGGGAAUAACAUGUAAUAUAAUUUGAAAUAAAGGUAUAGUAACCUUAAAAAGAACAUUAUACAUGAUUGUUGUGAAUGGGGUGAAUUUGUUAAAAUGAGUAACUUUGAUAAAGUUUUUCAUGCACAGGCAAAAUGUAUUCACUAGAUUUCUACGUAGUGAUCUGCUUUUACUUUGUAAUUUGUAGUUCUCGAAAGACUUUUUUUUAAAAAAAUAAAGUCCAUACUUACACUUA